AUCUCUUGCUGUGGAAACAGUGCAACCCUUAGCUUUCCAGAAAGCAAUAAUUGCUGAUAUCACUUUACCUCCCAUGGGAAAUUAGUCAUUGGGCGUCUGGGUUCUCACAGAUCUUUCUCUGUCGUCUUGGAUCACUGGCAGGUAAAGGUGAGACACUGAGGCCUGGGAGGACCAGUGACUGACUUCUGCCAAGCAAAGCUCCACUGGCAGUAAGGAGGGACUCCGGCCCAAUGGACCAUUCUAACCAGCAGACUUUCAACUCAAAAAAAAGACCUGAGGCACUAUUAUGCAUCCUUUGUUUUUGUGAGGCUCUCUUCCGAACAAUGCACAUAAGGAUACAUUUUGCUCUUCCACUUCUUGGAUAAUAGAAUUUGUUUGUCAGCUACUUCAUGCAAUGAUUAUAAUUAUGUCGGUGUCCUCUGGAUCAGUUUACUUGUGAAAUCAAGUCACAAUAUGGCUUGUAAUCUAAAAUGAACAAUGCUGGAUCUAUAGCAGCUUCUUCCUGCUCCGCUGCAGCAGUGUAAUCCUCGUGACUGGUAUUGACCCACUGGACCUCUAGUUUUCCCAAUCCACCUUCCUUCCCUUUAGAAGUUCGGGCCCUGGAUGAGGGUUAGAGGGGAGGUCGGCACUUUGCCAUGGCUCAUUCGUCUGACACGGCACACAAAGACAUGACGAAUGGGGCUCAUCCCAGUGCCCAGCCAGGGCCCUCAGGCACUUCUUCACUACCACGCUACCUGCACAAGAAGCAGCAGCGCCAGAGAGGAGUGAGAUCUUCCUCUCCUAUGGGCAGGGUCAUCCUCAUCAAUGCACCUGUCGAUGGUGGGGAUGACAGUGAAGACAUCCACACAAUUACUGUGGACAAAAGUGAGGAUGGCAGGCUGGGCUUCAGUGUGCGGGGAGGGUCUGAACAUGGCCUGGGAAUCUUUGUCAGCAAGGUGGAGGAUGACAGCUCUGCAGAGUUGGCAGGCCUGUGUGUUGGGGAUAAGCUGGUCGAGGUGAAUGGCAUAAGUCUGGAGAGCAUCACUAUGAGCAGUGCAGUAAAAGUCCUGACAGGAAAUAAUCGUCUGCGCAUGGUAGUAAGACGUGUGGGGAAGGUGCCUGGUAUCCGCUAUUCAAAAGAGAAGACUACAUGGUAAGUAGAUCUGAUCCACCGAAGGAUGGUAGUGGAAGAAAAUGGUCACACACCUUCAGAGGCCAGUUCAGAUGGAGCCCUGCGCAGAAUAGUGCACCUUUACACAACCUCAGAUGACUACUGCCUGGGCUUCAACAUCCGCGGUGGCAAAGAGUUUGGCCUGGGCAUCUACGUCUCAAAGCUGGACCCUGGUGGCCUGGCAGAGCAAAAUGGAAUUAAAAUGGGGGAUCAGAUUCUUGCAGCCAAUGGAGUGAGUUUUGAAGACAUCACACACAGCAAUGCAGUAGAAGUGCUUAAGAGUCACACUCACGUGAUGCUGACUAUCAAGGAGGCUGGCCGAUAUCCUGCUUAUAAGGAGAUGGUGGCGGAGUACAGCUGGCUUAAUAAAUUGGCUAAUGGAGGCCAGCCCUCUUCCUCCCAGGGUUCAGACUCCUACUCGUCCACUUCCUCUCUCUCCUCUGGGACGCCGGUCAGCUCUCUCAGUGGCCUCUCUCAGGUCAUGUUCCUUUCUGUAUUCGGCUCAGAGAUGGUGGAUGUCUGUAUCUCCACCGAGGACCGCUCAUGCCGGCCCAGCUCUGAACGGAUAGAGACCGCCAUGCAGACUGACCCGCUUGAGCCUGACGCCACAUCACAAUAUAGUAGGGUAAUAACCAAUGAAACCAGCCGAACGGUUGGUGAAACUGUCCUGUUAAAAGACACAGUGAUCCGCAGUGGGACUGCCAAAUCUCGGACAAGGACCUUCUCUGCUGGGGAUAAAGAGACUCUGGACUCCCCUAAAACGGCAGUCCUGAUGGCUCUCAGCAAGCCUCGGAAACCAAUCCGCCGAUCCCAGAGUCACAUCACUGUGUCAGAGGACAAGCAGAAGAAAAAUAAGCAUCAAAAGGACAAGGUAGAGAUGGAGGGAAGUACCUUGCAGCGCUCCAAAACCUUUGUCAGCUUGCUUUUUAAAAGUGGACGCAGGAGGGAAAGGUCAUCCUCCAGAGACAGGAAGGACAAAGGGACAGGGGACGGACAUAGAGGAAGAUCCAAAUCCCCGAAACACUUAGAUAACGAACCGGGUAAAGAGCGGGGUCGACCCAUAAUUAACCUGUUGAGUUCUCCCAGAGAGACUCGGCCUGGAAUGAGGGAGCACAGCCCCAUCCCAAGCCCAGAGACCAUGGCCAUGUUGGAGGAUGUGGCCUGCAAGCUGCUCAACACGGAUGAGGUGGUGGCAGUCAUGGUGUGUGUUGCAAAUUACACUGUAAAAAGUGUGGUUGAGGAUCUGGUGCGCCCCUUGCUGGCCAUCUUGGACAAGCCUGAGAAGCUUCUGCUGCUAAGGGAGGUUAGAAUGAUCAUCCCUCCCACAGAUCUGGGUCGUUUUGACAGUAUGGUUUUGCCCUUUGAGCUUGAAGCCUAUGACAUACUAAAAAACCGCUCUGUAAGGUCUCCUGUCCUGCGUUCUCCUCGUCAUGGUGGAACACCCCGUCGCCAUCUAAUAACUCCCAUACCAGAUUACCAUGGUGGAUUCCACCUUCAGCCAGUGCAAGAUCUGGAAAGAGAACGGCAGCUCAUUGAAGAUUUGGAACGGCUGCGUUUGGCAGGUUUACCGACUGGACGACUUCCUCCUCCUCGCGCUUUCACACCUCUCUUAGAUGUACCAGUAGACACUUACAUCACAGACUCGCUUCGUAAUCGUUCACUGAGUCCUGCUCGUCUCGGCUGGCUGCACUCAGAGUCUCCUCACGGCACGGAACGCAUCACACGCUCCCCCCAGAGAAGAGACAACAGUUUCCCCAGGACAUCACACCAUGACUCUUUACCCAGCAGAGGUGAUUCUGUCCCAGAGCGAGGGAGAUCCCCUUAUAGGAAUGGACAUAGAAUAAAACCGGACAAAUCCCAGAAUGGUAAAGAGGUAAAGUAUACUGUAAUGAGUGCACACCGCCGGAGUAGGACCGCACUGACCCAGGUGUUUGCGCCCAGCUCAGAUCAGGACUGGAAAGAACCAGUGAAUGGUCACUCAGACAGCCAAGAAACCCCACCAGAGCAAGAGUAUGAAUUAACCAAGGUUUCUAUCUCUAAGACCAAACAGUCCCUUGGAAUAAGCAUCUCAGGUGGGAUUGAGUCAAAGGUGCAGCCAAUGGUGAAGAUAGAGAAGAUCUUUCCAGGAGGAGCGGCAUCUACUAGUGAUGUUCUGAAGGCUGGAUUCGAGCUGGUGUCGGUAGACGGAGAGUCCCUCCAAGGUGUUACACAUCAGCACGCAGUGGAUGCCAUUCGAAGGGCUUUCAGCAACAAGGCCAAAGACCCCAUGGAGUUUAUCGUCAAAGUUCCCAAGAACCUGAGAAACUGACUGAAACAGCACGAAACUCAAUGAGUUUUGGUAAAGGCCCCAAUAUACUUAUGGUGAAGUUCUUUUUUGUUCUUCACUUGGAUAAAAAGAAGUUUGAAAUACCUGAGCAGUGGUAAACUGUUUGUGAACAUUGUGAUGCCGCCCACGCUGCUGAGAGCAGAGAUUAGAUGAAUAUGUAAAUAUGUCUCAAUAACAAAAUAAACAAAAUAAACAUAGAACAAAAAUGACAGCGGUAAGCAGAAGUUAAAACAAUAGUUCACCCAAAAGUGAAAUUUUGAAUUUUAUUUUUUGGCUUUAGAUUUACUCUUUAGUUUUACUCUCAAGUAGGGCCGGAUACCUCUUUUCGCAACAUACUGUAGGCAAAAAAAAAAUUUUCAGCAUUUUUGGGCGAACUAUUCCAAUAAGAAAGCAUCUGAUCAUAGUGAAGUGGAUACCUUUGCACACGUUUUGCAAUUCGGUACUCUAGGCAAGUCGCUUAAUUAUAUAGCACUUUAUACAAUAGAUAAAGCAAGCAUAUUUACAGUAUUAAACAUGAAAUAAACAGUGUCAGUCACUUUCAGUUAGAAUUACAACUUCAGUUUCUACUGAAAAGCAGCUCUCCAGUGUGUUCACGUUUUUACUCAUGUCUGAUCUCGACAGACUGAUCAGAAGAAAUAAACCACAAGGUUUGAAGAAGGGAGAGCCCCAGAGCACAGAUAUGUACUGUUACUAUAAUGUAACUGCCACGGACCAAUUGUUGUUGACCACUUUGAUUUCCUGAAAUGAACUCCUAACUAACUUUUGGCCGGGGUUUUUUUUAUUGAAAAUUACAUCAUACCAGUUAGUACUUGAAUUUUGCUUGAAGUAUAUUGGGGUCUUAGUGCUGCAGGGUAUAAACGGAUGACAGGUUUGAUUAUGACAUCAUGACUGAUGGGGGUCGAGGCAAACCCCUGAGCAAGAAUUAAAAAAUGGGCUUCCAGAGAGUGCUAUUGGCCAUUCAAAGAUACUGACCUUUUCCCUUCCUGUUGAAAGUUAUUUGCUUUUGAAUCUAUUCCUUGUCUAAUUUGAAUAUAUUUUAUGAAAUGUAAUAAAACAGUCAUAACUUGCCACUACCAAUGUUAAAGGAUCUGACACCCUGUAUAAACAUGAGAUAUUGUGGGUUUCUAUUUUUGGUUGGUUUAAGCCUGGAGCUAUAAGAAUGCACUGACAUGACAUGAUGAUAAUCUUAUUUAAGUCAUAACACUACCCUUCCAUCCUACAGUCUCCACAGUUACGCCUGAGAGAGAUUACACACAGCCACAGUAUGGAUUGAGAUUACAGUAGGUCUGUUUUUCUUUUUAAAUUGCUGGUUUGGUUUAGUGAAUGUCUGGGGGAUUAUUACAAAUCUCACUUUACAUCCUUUGCUCUAAGUU